GCGGAACAGCGAUUUUGUUCUGGAAAUAUUCCCAGUCCCCUCAAUAAGGGCAAAGAAUAAACUUUGAAUUUAAGAGAAACAACUGCACUGGAAUCUUUUACAUUUUUUAUAGAUUUCUUCUUUUUUUUUUUUUUUGAUAUUUAAAUCACAUCAACCGCUUGGUUAUUAGCGACUAUAUUAUUUUAUAUUUUUUUGAUAUUAUGUUACUUACAUCUAAAAACUCGAUAAGGUUUUUUGAUUUGUCAAUAUAUAUAAAAGCUGUCCUUUAGUGGUGUUAUCUUGCAAAAAUCUUGCUGUUUACAUAUUGAAGUGAUACGAGUUAAUAGGCCAUUUAACAAAUUAAUUAGAUUAUAUUUCAAGCUUUCAAACCUAUCAUGAAGUCUUUCUACGAUGACUGGCGCAGUACGAAGACGGAAGAAGGAAGGGCAGCGAUGCUGAAGAUGGCUAAACCUGCGAACUUUAUUUCCGUCUGGUGUUCGAUAUUAACUCUCACAAUGGUCACUGCAUAUUUAAGCCUUCGAUCUAUUAGCGUCUAUCUUUCUGAUAGAUUACAUGAAAACCAGGAUCGUUUGAGCUUGUAUCCUGGAUAUUUUCCCUAUAACAUUCGACCAGUACCGAUAUUGUUAAUGACCAAUUUUGCUCAAGUAAUUGCCGGAUAUUCAGCUACUAUUUGCUAUACCACUGUCGACACUUUUAUCGCUAUGUUAGUUCUGCAUAUAUGUGGACAAUUUGAAAUUUUAAGGAAGAAAUUAUCAAGAUUGAUGGACGGCGAGGAAGGAAAUAGAAACAUAGAUGAGUUUCAAAAGGAGUUGGUUUGGAUUAUUACCAAGCACGAGCAUCUGAACUGGCUUGCAGAGACAAUCGAAAAAUGCUUUAGCACGCUAUUGUUGCUACAGAUGUUACUGUGUACCAUCGAAAUAUGCUUUCAAGGUUUCUUAUUCUUCAACGUAUUGAUUAAAAACGAAAAUGGAAUCUUCAACUUUCAAUUGGUUUUCUUUGUCCUCUUCGUCUGCUUCAUCCUUGUACACGUGUAUCUUUAUUGUUACAUAGGCGAGAUGCUUCUAAUUCAAGGUAGAGAAAUGAGCAAUUCCGCGUACGAAUCGAAUUGGUACAACGUCUCACCUCGUGAAACCAAAUGUCUUCUAUUCAUCAUGUACAGGUCUACUCGUCCACUUUGUCUGACUGCAGGCAAAUUUGGUAUCUUCUCUAUGGAACUCUUCAGUACCAUUCUAAAAACAGCGAUGGGAUACCUUUCAGUGUUACUAACAGUUGCAAAUAACGAUUAGACUUGUUCACUCGUAGUCAAGUUACAAACUCAUCUUUAGAAUACGUACCCUGAUCUGUACGAUUGUUCAUAUAUAAUUAUUUCAGCGAAGUGUUAUCACAGUUACGACAUAUCACGAUACAACAUGUAAA